AUGGGUGUUGUGUGUGUAACCCCAGCCAAGCGGAAGGCUGUACUGCCCAGUGGUGGUAACGGCUUAGUUGAUAACGGCACGAAAGUGGAGCCUUUUCCGCCACUCUACCAUACAUGUGUAGAUGGGAAAUAUAAACAACGAGAAGAUGAAGAACAAGAACAACGGGAAAAAGAAAAGAAAGAAGAAGCGGAUAAUGAAAAGAGGCAGAGCGAGCAAAAAACUACUGGGGAAGUUGGAGAAAAAUCUCCACCCCCAUCGCCUCUAGAUUGUAAAGAUAUUUCCUCCGUAUUGUUCCUUUCUUACUUAAUGAAUACGGAGGUGUUUAAGAAUAACGACGUGGAAACUAAACGGGCCAUAAAGGGAUUAGGAAACUCUACUACAGCUGUCUUGACUUCAGUUAUCACGGAAGAAACAACUGGCAAGGGUAAUAAAGAGAAAAAGAAAAAAAAAAAUAAUAAUAAUAAUACUACUACUACUAUUUAUGAUAAUCGAAAUGGUGUACUUAAGAAAGUAGGAGAAGUAGGUACUCACACCAAAGAAGUUAAUUCCCAUGGUAAAAAGGUUUUUGAUGUUGCCACGACAACUCACCCACUGAAACGGGAUAAUUUCUUCCAGCCCAGUUCUAGUAUUACCACGGACGAUCCAGCCAUGUUAACACACUCCGUCGACUGUUCCGAUAGUCUCUUCGCAGCUGGGGAACACACCAGUGAGAAUGAACUAAAAGACACCAUACAGCAAAGUGUAUUGGAUUUAGUAAAGCGAAACUUUACAAAAAGAUUACCGUAUCAUUUAUUACCAUAUUUAUUUCGAGCUCUUACUUUACAAACCGUAACGCGAAUGAUACCUGGAUCUAUGAUUACACCACAGAUAAUAUUAGAGUGUCAUAUAGAUAUUAAAGGAGAACGUCCUUCAACUGCAACGCCUAUUGAUUUGGAUACUUUACGGCAGAAAAUACCAAAGAUUCUUCAUUACCGUAUACUUGCCUUUCGUGAAUCCCAAAUUGCCAAAGCUCUCGCUGCACAAAAUAACACAGAGAAUCCACAUGAAUCAUCUAAAAUUAAACUUUCUAUAAAAAAUGAAAUGGAAACAAGAGAAGGCGUAAACUCUUGUAAAGAUUCUUUUUCUCGUAGAAAGGUUGUAGAAGCCAUGUCACGUUCAACUAAUAGUAAUGCCAUUUUAUUCGGUGCAGUUCUUCCACAAGAUGUUGUUCGUACCAUGUGGAUGGGACCUCACUUAUUUCUUCCAAAGGCCACAAACGUCAUUGCAAAGAGUGGAUGUUCAUUAAGUAGUACACAGAAUGAUACUUGUAAUAUCAGCAGUUCAGCUGUUUGUAGUCGUUUCUUUACCACCACAGAAUCUGUUAACGCCGCUGCUUCUUAUGAAAUGAUGCCAUCACUCUUCUUAAAGAUUGGACAUAGUCAAAGAAUGAUUAUGCGUGAUCGUAAUAAGCCAAGACGUUUACGUCGACAUGAAGUUCGACCCAUGUUUAAACGGGAAUUCCUCGCCACACUGGUAUCUGGAUAUGAAACUCUCUGCACAUACGCUACUACUAUGCUUCCAGAGUUUUUAGUGGGAUUAAAGACAUUUCCGGCACAACCACGACAAGCCAUAGUUUCUGCUUUACGAGCAACUUUACAUAGAAUGAAUGAUGCCCUUGCGAGGGAAAUUUUACAUCAUGAUGUGAUCACGCAGUCAAAUGAUCGUCCAUCUUUACGAGCUCCACCAAUGGAUGUGUCUGUUGUAUACCUUCGUGAAGAUUCUCUUUACUAUACCUCUACACCUGGUAUGAUGGGUACUUUAUUUAUUUUUACAGAUAACACUCAACGGGUAUAUGCUGAACUUAAAGAUUGUGUAGAUACUACUGGUAAUAGCCCUAAUACCCUUGGUGUUAGUCGUGAUAUCUUAGAUGAAUCUGUUGGAGCGAGUAGUAUUACUAGUUCAACAAGAUGUGUGGCUGUGAAAUCUCGCAGAGCCUAUGAAUUACCAGAAACACCUUUAGGAGUUAUUGACCUUUCAAAGAUAAGAGGCGUCUUAUCCUGUAUGGCCAGUGCGGAGUCCAGUCCAGAUAAGUUAAUGCCAAUGGGUUAUCGACUCGUCAUUGCUCAGAGUAUCUCUCAAGGAAGAUCAGAAAUUUCAGAUACGCAAACAUCUUCCACUAUGGCUAGUCCUUUACGAUGUAUUGGAAAUAGUCAACCUCGAAGCCGCGAACAACAACAACAACAACAAGAACAUAAAUUAAUUGAAGAAGUAUUACCAUCUCCUGAAGAGAUUAUGCAUGCUGAUAUCUUAUUACCGCAUGUAAUGAUCUCUGCAGUGGCGGAGUUCUGGUCUGCCAUCUCUCCCGCUGCUAUUUGGGAACUCCUGCGAUGGAUGUUACUUCUCGAUCGAGAUGCCGCAAACACAACGAUGCAGAGUGUAGAGAAUAACACCAAGGAUAAAAUAUCCGGAACCACAACAACAACAACAACAACAGCAACAGCAACAGCAACAAGAGCAACAACAAUGAAGUAUCUUUCUGCUCUUCGUGCAAGUACAAGUAUUCAUCCUGGCACCAAAAGACGUUUAGAGCAAUUCUACAAAAAACGAGUCUCUCACUAUGUGGCUUUAGAUACUCUCUAUACAAUGACACCGCAACAGGUGAUAAGUGAGGCUAUGCAGAAAUCCUGUGAGAGUGAAGUUCCCUUGCCGGUGUUAUUAGAACAAGAUGCCCCUUCUGCGGAGUAUUUAACAGCUGGGGAUUCACUUGGAAAUGCGAUGGCCAUCGUAUUGGCAACAGCCGUGCGGGAACAGUGGCCGUUGUGGGUUAAUCACAGUGAAGAAGAAAAGAAACUCGUGGGAUCUGCCUCGUGUGCGGUAAUGGUGGUAGUAAUCCCACAGGCAGUAGCAGCAACAAUAAAGUAA